GGCAUUUAACCGCAGCUUUUUAGUCACGGAGCCAAAAACAAUGAAAACAUAUCGCUGUCGUAAUAUUUUUGACUGUGAUGUAUGUUUCCAUGUGUGUGUGUGAGUGUGUGUGUGUGUGUGUGUGUGUGUGUGUGUGUGUGUGUGAGCCUUCUGGAAAAUCCAUCAACAGAUACAACUGACUUAUGUAAUCCGUUCUUUCCACCCAGUUCCUUUUUUACAUUUUGUACUUAUUUGUGGUUCACUAUUUAUUAUUGUCUUUCUUUGUCGUUUGUUUGUAUAAUUAAAAGAGAAAAUAUUUUACAUAUUCAAGAAAGAGUCUGUUUGUUUUUUCUAGUAGAGAAAGCUCACGAACAAUCUGAGUUAUUAAUGUCGAUUAUUUUAAUGAGGCAGCAGAUUAAACCGAAGAUUAAGUGGAGAAUAAAUUGUAUUAACUUGAGCUGUAAAUGUCUUUUUACUUUCAUUUAAGGUGACGGGAGGAAUGGAAAGACUAAAAGACACAUUCACGUUCUUUUAGCAUUUCAGAAUGAUUUGUGGUUUGACCUCGAAGUGCUAGAUCUUUGUGACACUAGUUGACCAGAGCUGGAUCCAGUUUAUCUGUAAGUGAAGAAGACUCUGGUGUGAAGCCAAGAUCCAGCAGCGGAGCGCACUCAGCCAACAGUCUGGACUUCCCACUCCCGUCAGGAGCUGCGUUGCCUCUUUUAUUACCGGGGCUGGAUGUUUGUAAGUCAGGAGUUUAUCUGUCGGUGCUUCAGUUUGGUUUAGACUCGUUCUGAAUCUCACUGUUCCAAACGCUUCCAUCGGGUUUUACGCACACGUUGGGGGGAGAAAAGCAGGAAAACUCUCCGUUCUCUUCUGAAGCUGAGAGCAGCAGGUGUGCAACUUCUAACUCGGUAAUUAUUUCUAAUUCUGAGGCAAUUAUUAGUCCUGGCUGGGCAACACUGUGGACGCGGUUUGCCAAAAUGUUUCCCUGGCGGCGCGCCUGUGCCCGGGUGUCCCAGACAGGACUCAGGACUGUUUGCCUGCCGCGGACUCUCCAACAUUUCACUGGAUUAUAACCUGUUAACGGUAAAGGCUGUGUCGUUAACGGAGGAGGCCACUUGUGUUCUGAUAAUCUGCAGGUCGGCUUUCAAAAAAGGCAGUGAAAGGGAGUGCGCGCGCACAGAAACGUUUUUUCCGUGGAUACACGCAUUUUGGCGCAACGCCGUACCGAGAAGCGCUCCGUGAUGCCGCAUCAGACCCGCGUCCUGCUGCUGCUGCUGUUGCUGCUGGCCGGCUGGUCGUCCGGGGCUCCCCGGGUACGAAAGAAGGCCAACAGGACCCGGGCUUGCCUGGACCUGCCGGAGGAGAUCCUGGAGCAGAUGUUCGGGCGGCUCUCGGUGGGAGUGAUGAGCGCUUUCCAUCACGCGCUGCAGCUGGAGCCGCAAGACAAACUCAACCUGACUUGCCCGACCACCGCACGCUCCCCGGCCGGCAGCAAGACCCGCCUCCCGGUCAACCUGCUCAGCAUCUCCCCCUGGGCCUACAGGAUCUCAUACAACCCGGCCCGGUACCCCCGCUACAUCCCGGAGGCGUACUGCCUGUGCAAAGGCUGCCUGGUCGGCCCGUACGGAGAGGAGAGCGACCUCUACCGCAGCACGCCGGUCUACGCUCCCUCCGUCAUCCUCCGGAGAGCGGGCUCCUGCGCCGGAGGCCGCCACUCCUACACGGAGCUCUACAUCUCCAUCGCUGUGGGGUGCACCUGUGUGCCGCUGCAGGAGAAGGAGACGGACGGCAACCAGAGUCUGGAGAGACCAGAGCCCAAAGCCGGACGCCUCGUCUCUGCAGGAAAGACGACAUGAAGGAAGCCGGGCUGUAUAGUCCUGAUACGUGUUCUACACCUGAUCCACUGACGUGACGUUUUGAACCAUUUGAGGAGUUCUAUCUGAAGCAGAAGCCCCUCUAACUGCAUCUGCAUGAAAAUAUGGACCAACCAAUAGAAUGAAAUGCCUCGUUAUUAAUCAAUGAUCUGAUCAAUGCUGCCACCUGCUGGUGUAUAAAACUGCAAGUUCAUUCAUUACAUUGUUCUGACACACUUUAAUAACUUGACAUCAAAACAAAUAUUCCAGAUCAUUGUUUGUAAUUCUCAAACUCAGUUUGCAGGUAGUUGUCUCACUUCAUCAUUUUACAAAAAGAAAACGCUUUUAUAUUUCCUCGUUUCAUAUUCAGGAUGCAGCGCCUCGUUGAAGACAUCCCAGAAACCAGCUGGUGUUAUCAGAUCAUUAAAGGGGGAAAAUAAACACCUAUAAACUUUAUUCUUCCCGCUUCUUUGUUUUUAAGGAACAGUUGCUUCUGAUGAGGCAUCACACAGGAAUCCUUAAGUUAAAUGUGAUGUUUUAAGGUCUCUUUAAAAAGCAUUUCUAUACAUUUUAAGACCUCAUUGUCACGUCGGGUUCCAACAGGUUACACCAGCGACACUUUAACCUCUCGAGCUCUAAGCCUAUUCUAAUACCCAUACUGAAAGU